CGCGUUUAGCGUGGACCGCAGAUACGCUAGGCCCGGGACUUUUAACUCUGGGGUGCGGAGAAACCACUGGGGGGUCCCGCCGGCUCCGGGGCUGGAACAAGAGUUUAAAAGAAAACGAACUUGGCUGCAUAAACAACCCACCUGGGAACAAUCCGUUAUUUACUGGUCUGAAUAGGAAAGGUGAGAGGGUUUCCCCAAUUGGAUGGUAGAAAAGAUGUUUGAUAUCAAAGCAUGGGCUGAAUAUGUUGUGGAAUGGGCUGCGAAGGACCCAUAUGGCUUUCUUACCACUGUGAUCUUGGCCCUUACACCAUUGUUCCUAGCAAGUGCAGUGCUAUCAUGGAAACUGGCAAAAAUGAUUGAGGCCAGGGAGCGAGAGCAAAAGAAGAAACAGAAACGCCAGGAAAAUAUUGCAAAAGCCAAACGAACAAAGAGGGAUUAAGCGAGGCAAAAUGCCUUCCUUGUGCAAAAAAGUGCUUUUGUUGAAGCAUUCUUGUACACUUAUAUCUUUGUGUGGUGUUGUCUUCCUCCAGCAAUCUUCUUGAACUGACAUUUCAACCCCUGAAAUUAUUCAUGUUCUGCUUAAACAAUUUGUGGUGUUAUCUCUGUCUAAUCUGCAAUGGCAUUUGAUGUGUAUAUUUCAACCAGAUAUCACUUUCCAAUGAGUUUACUUUUGUAUGUUUACAUGACAUACACUAAAAUGAAUGGAUUGGUGGU